GUGGACAAAGGAAUCGGCCAACCUUCUACCAGGAACCAUCGUCGUCAUCAAAGAGGACAACUUACCGCCCCAGAAGUGGCUGCUCGGCAGAGUCACCGAAGUAACGCACGGAUCGGAUGGCAAGCUUAUCGGUAUCUCGAGGAACCCUGUGGGCUUCACUUAAGUUACAAAAUAUUUAAUGGCUCGAAUGCUGAACAAUCAGGCUGGAUGGCAGCCAUAUAUAGUUCAAAUAUGUUUCAGUGUGGCGGGACGCUGAUACACAAACGCUUUGUAUUAACUGCUGCUCAUUGUGUAAUUGGUCGACAAAACUUACUCGUCUACUUGGGAGCAUACAACAUAAGUCAACCCACUGCUCAGUACAAUGUCGUCCACGUAGAGGUGCACAGUUCAUAUGGAUUGUAUGUGAACGAUAUAGCCUUACUUAAGCUGUCCAGUAGCGUCGUCUACAAUGAAUCAAUCUACCCAAUCUGCAUUGUUCUGGAUAAGGAAAUUAAAAACCAAGUAGAGAACACAUGGCAGUUCAAAACUUUUGGAUGGGGAAGAAAACGUGACGGCCAGACUAGCGACAUUCUUCAAACGGUUACACUUAACAACUUAUAUCGAUCCGAGUGCGAAAGGAUCUUUGGAGUGCAAAUUACUUUCAAUCGGAUUUGUGCUGGGAGUACUACUGGAGAUACGUGCGGUGGCGAUUCAGGUGGUCCAUUGACCACUGAACACAAUUUUCGCCAAACCCAGAUCGGGAUUGUGAGCUACGGUUUACAAUAUUGCAAUGGAAUAGGAGUUUAUACAUGUGUGACUAGCUAUGUAGACUGGAUUGAGGGUACUAUAAAAAGGCUGGAUUAUGCGGAUGACGAUAACUCCCAAGGCUUACGCAAUUAUGAAAAUAUUUGGUUGUAUAGAGAUUGCGGUGGUAACGAUAUAAAAGAUCACUUGCACGCGUUCAUUGCUGGACUUAUUUUCAAAACCCAGGGCGUGCUGAUCACAGACCAAUUCGUCCUUACACAUGUCACAGGCUUGCCAUGUAUCCGAAUAUUUAUAACUGUGACUGUGAAGCAUGGGAGUAGAGUCAUUGGAGAGUACGAAGUUGACUCAAUCUUUAAACAUCCGGAGUAUUCUUUUCACUCAAAUGAUAUAGCUCUGCUAAAACUUAGUCGACGAGUGAAUUAUCCCUAUGGAGUUAAACCGAUCUGUCUGCUAGCAAGAGAAAACCUACUGGUUUCCCUUGUGAUGGAUAUUGCUCCCGAUUUCAUUGAUCCCUUCGAUUGUAAACUCAGAACUGGAAAUUCCAUCCAACCUACGCAAUUUUGUAAGCAGUUCGAGACCGAUAACAUCGACACUGCUGGCCUUAUUGUUGGCAAAAAUGUGCAUUAUUUGUCAAGGAAUUGGCUAGUUUUGCAUGGUAUUGUUAGCUAUUCAUCUAAUGGUCUUUACGUUUUUGAAAAUGUUGUAAAGCACAUGUAUUGGAUUGCUAGUACUGUAAAUGAAAAUUAAAAUAUAACUCUUGCAACAUGCCAGGAACCGCAAUGAAUUAAUUUAAGGAACUGAUUCAAAUACAUUUUCGAUAUAA